AUUUGGUAACUUUUAUAUAAUGCUAGUAUUAAUUCUCUUCUCUAACUCAAUUUGUUCAUUAUUCCGAGGUGGUGUGAACAACGAGAGGAGAGAAGGGAGUUACAAUGGUAUCCUCCGUUUUUUGCUUGCUACGCUCCGGAAAGUGAAGGAUUUCCAAAUGACUGGAGGAUACGGUAGGAUGCUAUCAGGACGUAACAUUAAAGGAUUAUCGAACAUUCUACGACGAUGCUACGCUGCGGCAGUGGAGACCGCACAAAACGCAACAAAGGAAGCAUCUGUAGCAAAUAUUGACGAAUUGCGAUUGACUUUUGCGUCACCUAUUGAGGUUUUUUUUAAUAACGCUGUAGUAAAGCAGGUCGAUAUUUCUACCUUGAAUGGCUCAAUCGGUAUUCUACCAAAACAUGUACCGGUAUUGGGGAUGCUGAAACCUGGUGUUGUUCGAGUUGUAGACAAAGAUGAUAAAAGCGUUCAAUAUUUUGCCUCAUCUGGUACUCUUUCGAUGAAUCCAGAUGGUUCUUGUCAAGUUCUGGCGGAGGAAGCAAUCAGACUUGAGGAUAUCGAUUUAGCGAAGGCUGAGGAAGAACUAAGUUCGGCACAACGACGUGCUCUAGAGCCGAUGGAAGAUGACGCUCGGGCAGUGGUGCAAAUUGAAAUAGAAACAUACGAGGCACUGGUAAAAGCUGCUCAUAACAUCGAGAAAUGAUUUGAAUAGUCACUGCAUGUUCUGGUAUCUAUGUAUUAUUUCUUUUCGUUUGCGUCUUUGAUGAAGGGAACCAAAGAAAUUAAAUAUUUUUACGAAUAGAAUUACCUAUUUCGAUGAUGAUGCAUAAGUUACAUCUGAAUUGAAAUAUGAGAGAACUUCAUCCUGGUUUUUUAAAUUCCUUUCUUUUUUUUGCAAAUUUCCGGAUUUUUCACUAUCGUGAAGCUUUGCCAUUAAAUGCUUGUGAUUAAGGGUGAUCCGAUUCUUGUCAAUUUAUUACGUUCAUAGCUUCUACUGUGCAUUUCUUUUUGUUGCUUCCAUUUCUGAAGUGAUCUUUUGAUCGUUGAAUGAUCAUCUGAAGUGAUCUUUUGAUCAUCACAAUGAAGUAGGUUCCUAGAUCUAAUUGGUAUAUUAUCCCUCGAAUUUAGUUCAGGUCACUUUUGGCUUAUUUAUUAUAUGAACAAUAUAUGUAAACAGAAUAAAAGCAAUGCCGA